AUGAGUGCGUCGAGGUUCAUAAAGUGCGUCACCGUCGGAGAUGGCGCUGUCGGCAAAACCUGCUUGUUGAUUUCCUACACCAGCAAUACUUUCCCCACGGACUACGUGCCCACCGUUUUUGACAAUUUCAGCGCUAAUGUUGUUGUGGAUGGAAGCACCGUAAACCUGGGACUGUGGGAUACUGCUGGCCAGGAGGACUAUAAUAGACUUAGACCCUUGAGCUAUCGCGGAGCUGAUGUUUUUAUACUUGCUUUUUCCCUCAUAAGUAAGGCUAGCUAUGAAAAUAUUGCUAAGAAGUGGAUCCCUGAACUAAGGCAUUAUGCCCCCGGUGUUCCAAUAAUUCUUGUUGGAACGAAGUUAGAUCUUCGGGAAGACAAACAAUUUUUUAUGGACCACCCUGGUGCAGUUCCAAUAACUACAGCACAGGGAGAAGAAUUAAGAAAACUGAUUGGUGCUCCUGCCUACAUCGAGUGUAGUUCAAAAACGCAGCAGAAUGUGAAAGCUGUGUUUGACGCUGCCAUCAAAGUGGUUCUUCAACCACCAAAGCAAAAGAAAAAGAAGAGAAAGGCGCAGAAGGCUUGCUCAAUAUUGUGA